CAACUUCUGCUGUCUUCCCAAAGCAACCGAAGCAGCAGCGAAUGUCCGGUUCUCAGGCGUCUCGACAGACUUGCUGAUACCAGACCGCGGAGGUUCUGAGGAGAACCCUGUAGAGAAACGGCCGGGGGCGAUAAGACCUUCGAUGGGAGCAGCCCGACGUUAAACAGAGGAAGAAGAAGAAGCAACAGGAGGUUGAGCUGCGCGGACAUGGCGGACGGCAGCAGGUCGCCAGCUAUCAAAUAAACGCCAGGGAAAGCGAAACCGAAGUCGAGAGGAGGCUGCGGGAGGACCUUAACUUAUUUUAAUGUUACAUGGAUAGUCGGGGCUCCCCGAGACUGUAGGCGCCCCGACAGAAGCCGCAUGGCGUCCACUCAAGCCCGGAUAGGCCAGCAGGCCUUAGCGGUGCUGGAUGUGGCUCUGCGAGUUCCCUGUAUCUUUAUUAUCGACGCCAUUUUUAACUCUUACUAUGACCCUGGUUCGGGAUGGGCCGGGGCGAUGGGGAAGGUGUUGGUCAGAGUCAUGGGUGUCCUCAUCUCAAGUGUGGUGCUGCUGCUCUCCCAGAAAGCCUUGUUCAAGUUCUACACUCUGUUCUUUGCUGUUCUCCUCGGCAUGGCGGCGGUCCUCAUCAACUACUACGCCACCUCCCACAUAGAUUUCUACAGCGCCUACUACAAAGCAGCGUUGGGGUUCAGGUUGCUGCCCAGGAACGGGCCAACGCUGUGGCUGGGCAUGGCUGCGGUCCAGCUCGUUUUCGGUGUGGGCUACGUGUUCCUGCUCAACCUCCAGUCGGUGUUUGCCGCGCUGGUGGUUCUGGACAUCAUGAUCCCUCUGUGGGGGCUGAUGAUUGAGCUGCCUGCAGACGUCAGGCAGCUUGUGGCCGUGUUCUCGGGCCUGGCGCUGGCUCUCAACACGGCCGUGUGCCUCGCCAUGAGGCUCAAAUGGUUCUACUAUUCGUGUCGGUACGUCUACCUGCUCGUACGGCACAUGUACAGGAUCUACGGACUUCAGCUGCUGCUAGAGGACACAUGGAAGAGGAUUAGGUUCCCUGAUGUGUUGCGGGUGUUCUGGCUGACCCGGGUCACCGCCCAGGCGCUGAUCCUGGUCUAUGUGGUGCGGGCGGUGAGGAGGGAGAGCGGGGAUGCCACAGGUGGCGCCACAGACGGGGGCUCCGACUCACAGGGUUAUCUGCUGAGCUGGGACGUGUUCUGGGAUCUGACGAGUAACCUGAUCAUCUCCGGCUGUGACUCCACGCUCACCGUGCUGGGGAUGAGCGCGGUCAUCUCCUCCGUUGCACAUUACCUCGGCCUCAGCAUCCUGGCCUUCAUAGGUUCGACAGAGGAGGAGGACAAGCGUUUAGGCUUCGUGGCUCCUGUUCUGUUCUUCAUCCUGGCUCUGCAGACCGGCCUCAGCAGCCUGGACCCAGAGGAACGCCUGGUUCGUCUGAGCCGGAACAUGUGCCUUCUGCUGACGGCCAUCCUACACUUCAUCCACGGCAUGACCGACCCUGUCCUGAUGUCCCUCAGCGCCUCCCACGUCUCCUCUUUUCGCCGCCAUUUCCCUGUCCUGCUGGUGUCCCUGGCGCUCUUUGUGCUCCCUGUGGCACUCAGCUACGCCCUCUGGCACCACUACGCCCUCAACACCUGGCUCUUUGCCGUCACUGCCUUCUGUGUGGAGCUCUGUCUGAAGGUGGUGGUGUCACUGACGGUCUAUGGCCUCUUCAUGGCUGAUGGCUUCUCCAACGUCCUGUGGGAGAAGCUGGACGACUACGUCUACUACGUGCGCUCCACAGGCAACAUCAUCGAGUUCCUGUUCGGCGUCAUCAUGUUCGGAAACGGGGCCUACACCAUGAUGUUUGAGUCGGGCAGCAAGAUCCGCGCCUGCAUGAUGUGCCUGCACGCCUACUUCAACAUCUACCUGCAGGCCAAGAAUGGCUGGAAGACCUUCAUCAACCGGCGCACAGCUGUCAAGAAAAUCAACUCCCUGCCGGAGAUGCGCGGAGACCAGCUGAGAGACAUCGAGGACGUGUGCGCCAUCUGUUACCAGGACUUUGCAACCUCGGCCCGCAUCACGCCCUGCCACCAUUAUUUCCACGCGCUGUGCCUGAGGAAGUGGCUCUACAUCCAGGACACAUGCCCCAUGUGCCACCAGAGAGUUUACGUUGAGGAGGAGAGCCGAGACAGAGCCGCCUUCUCCAAUAACAACGGGGGCUACGCAGCGCCGCAGGACGCCGCUGCCGCGGCCCCACCCGCACCGGGUGAAAACCAGCACGGGCAGCCGCCCGCCGAGCUGCCGGCCAAUGGAGCGGCGGCUGGCGCGCAGGCCGCAGGAGGACAAGGGGAGCUCAACAAUGAGCUGCUGGAGGACAACGACAGCAUAGAGUAUGACGAAGAUGAGUGGGGGACUCAAAAUGGCAGCACGCCAAUAGAAGAAGACUAUAUCAAUGACGACACUGACUCCACCGAGGACUGACAAGAGAAAAUCUAUAGAAAGAAAUACAUAUAUCUUUAUUAUAUUUAAGUUAAAAAAGAAUUAUAAAACACAACUUUAGCAUCUUAAUUUGUUCUUGAAAAAAUGUCAGGGAUGUCAUUUCUCCUUUUUCUUGUUAGUUUCUUUUCGUUUGAUUCUUGAGUUUGGGUUUUAUUCUAUAAGGGCUCGGGGGAAGAGUAACUGCUGCUCUCAUUGUAUGUGUCGAGUGUGUGUGUGUGUGUGUGUGUGUGUGUGUGUGUUAGGGCUGCAUGAUGUAGACCAAAUACUCAUGUUUGUUUUUGUUUUUUUUCCACUUUAUCCAGAAAGUAUUAGAGAGAUCCUGAUGUGAAUCUUGCCAUGUGGACACAGCUGCCUGUGCACCUUUUAUUUCUCAACGCCUCAAACCUGAUACACAUCACUAAAUUAAAAUAUCUGACUUCCUGCUCAGCACAGAUCUGCCUUGUUGAGCAAACUGUGGAAAUGUUUUUCUCUUAGGAAAAGAAGAAGCUACAUCUAAGCCACAUCAUGACUUUGUUUAGAUUUUGUCACAUAUGCAGCCCUAAUGUGUGUGUGUGUGUGUGUGUGUGUGUGUGUGUCUGCCGACGUGUAAUGUGCUUAGACGAUGUCUUAAAGAUGCAGUUCUUGCUGUGUAUAAUUGGGGAAGUGCUGCAGUGUUUUAGUUUGUUAAGGACAAAACUGUGAAGCGACUAUAAACAAGUUCAAGCGUGAGUCGGUCUGCAGGUCAGGAUUUGAGAGUUUGUAGGAAGACAGAGGUUUGAGGUUUGAAACCCGCUGUCACUACAACUCCAGCUGUUUUGGCAGAUUCCUAAGAAUCUGAGAAUAUAUUUCAUCAGUCAUCUUUUUGGCCAGCAGGCUUCAGCAGGGGUAGUUUUUUUGUCAGCGUUUUGUGCACUCAGAACAUUGGUCGCUCUCGUUCUCAGUUGCUCUCAGACGUUUUAUCUUUGUGAACCAGCCGUGAGUACAGUCAAACCCUGACCUGUAGAUCAAUCACAGCUCGAGUCUCUGGUCCUCUCGUUCAACAUUUUUGUCCUUAAUGAACUUGAAGAGGACACUGGUGAACUUGUUCAGAGAGAGAAUGAAGGCAGGAGAGUGAAGCAGUUUUCUAUCAACUCUGCACCAACCAGAGAAAAACGGAGGUGUGUCUGAUUAAAAAGUGACUUGCUACUGUAAUCACUGAUAUACCUCUAUCAUUACUUACUACUGGUCCCUUGUGUGACCUUGCUUACAUUUGUGUACGUUAUUGUACAUAUAAUAAAACAAACACGUGCACACUUUCUCCCUUAGAAUAAGAGAAGCAUUUGUUUUCAAAUUAUUUCUUUUUCAGUGAUGCUACUUUCCACCUUUCCCGUCACAGAAAUCAGUAUUAAGUUUGGCUAAAUUCUUGUUUCAGACCCAGAAAUUAUUGUUUGUAAUAAGAGAGCUGAUAUGGAGUCGUAGUGGAAGUCACACUUUAAGAGCUGUAUUCCCAAAACAUGCGAAAAUGUAUUGGGUUAAUUGACUAUUUCGCUGUGUUCCUCUGUAAUUGUCACAGAAAUACUGUAUGAAAAGGUGCCGGAUGUUUUGUCUGUCAGGGACUUAAAGGAAAAAAAAGUACCAUAAAUAGUUUUAUGUGUCAGCUGUUAGUCACAGAUGUCAUUCAGUAAAUGCACUUUUUGGUUUCUAAUCACUGGCACAGGCUGGAGCUGUCUCUUUCUGUCCAGCCACCAAUGACUGCACCUUUCUGAAGGCUCAAACGGUGUUUCUGGUCUCAGGGUCCUGCUGCGGGGCUGGAAGAGUACUUUCAAAACAAUGAAAAAUUUCCAGGCCUUGGAAAAAAAAACAAACAAACUGAAGGAGCUGCAGAAAGGUCUGGAAAAGUACAAACAUCUUUUGUUGUAGUAAGCAUACGACUGUCUGUGAAGUUGCAAAGACACUGUCAUUUCACACAGUUUGUGGUAUUUGUUGUAACGUUGAGCGACAACAAGCAGUUGCUCAGUUGUGUUUCCCAGCAGCAGAUGUCCUACUGAACACUGAUCCAAACUCUUUAACUACUGGCACGAAAUGAAGCCUCAGAAAAUGUCACGUCUUCGUCUUUCUUGACAGUACAGCUCGGCCAACACACACAGCCCUCAGAGACUAUAGAGAUCCGCAUUGUCAAUUUGUAUUAAAAAGCUUUCAAGCACAACUCCUGAGUAUUACACUGUUUAGACUUCCACAGCCUGAACGUCUUAAGGGUUUGACUACAAACCCAUGUUCAUUACUGUUGUAAUUACUGGUCGCAGAAAAUAAGCUGCAAGGAAUAAUGCAUUAUGUUUAAUGAGGAAGAGAUGGGGUCUAAUUUGAUUAGAAAACUGUGCUUUUUGACACGUGUCAGCUAUGAAGGACUUUGAUUAUUAGGCUGAUUGUUCUGAAAGCUUUUCAAAAGGUAAAAGCUGUUCAUUUUGCCUUUUGUUUUAAAAAGAGAUUUAUGUAAAUAAAAUCCUCUUUGA